AUGCAGUUUCUCUCUGUCCUCGCUACCCUUGUGGCCGUUGCGGCUGCAGCUGGCCCAGUUCCCGUUGAGAAGCGUCAAUACUCUCCGUGUGUUGAAGCCUGCCUUAAGGAACUCGAUAUCUGGGAUGGCAAGGCUGUCUACUUUUGCCGCCAGGACUGUGGCGAAGUCAAGAUCAAGAGAGAGCCCGCCCCUGAGGUCGUUGCUGCUGCCCCUGCUGAAAAGCGUCAGUUGUCGCAGUGCGUCGUGCAAUGCAUGGACGACCUUGGAAUCUACGAUGGUCACGCCAUUUCGCAGUGCCGAAGGCAGUGCGGUGAGCGCCCGUAA